ACAAAAGACAAUGAACUGAAUAAAGGACAUCAUCGACGACUCUGGAAGGGCUAUGGAUGUCACUGACUUCAGCUAUUUGUGUUGAGAGCUUCAAGAAACGCCCCGUGGCUUGUCACCAUGGCCGCCGCAGAUGUCAUUGUCCUUGAUUCUUCUUCGCCAGACAACCCUUCCUCUCGUCCUCCACCACAAGCCCCAUAUAGCCCAGGAAGGAUAUUUGGACUAUCGCAAUACUCGUCUCCGCCCUCAUUGAUAUCGCCAUCCCUGCUAUUUGAACCCUCCUCGCGUUCCAAAUACUUCCCGGUUGAAUCCCCGAAAGACGACGGAAAGUCGCAGAACAACGAGAAAAAGGAUAGCGAAAAACCGACCAAAAAACGAGCCCCGAACACAGCCAAGAAAACCGAGGACGGGACAGAAGACAAACCGAAACGGGGAAGGAAGAAAGCCACAGCCGACUCGCAGACUGUACUUGGUGUUGCAGAACCCAGUGCUUUAAAGUCCAAGGACAACGCGCCAAAAAAACCCGCAGGGACAAGGAAGAAGCGCACGGAAAACACGGGCAAGCGUGCUGAGACUAAAAAUAAAACUUUGACUGGAAGGGUUGCAAAGGCGAGUAGUGUUCAAACGAAAGAAUCUGGCAAGAAGGUUGCUGAGCCGACGCCACCAAAAUCCGCUACGAAGGAACUCGAUGAUUGGGGAAAGGAGGGACUUAGACUGGACGCUGCUGUGAAGCGAAGAUUGGACUGGACACCUACGAAGGAUACUACCAAAAAAGUGUUUGAAUUGGAUACCGAGUGCGACGCAGGCGAUAAGUUGGAACCGACCGGCGUGCGCGGUUUUGGAAAUUUGCUGUCUGAAUACAACUUCAGUGGAACUCCUUGCCCCCUUGAAAAUCUUCAAAUGGGCGAGGGUGGUCCAACAAAGCGAAGACGGAUAGAGCUUGUCGAUCCGAAUGUCUUCCCUCCUACCAAAUCCAAUACCCCCGACCAUACAGACAAGGCGCCAAGAGAGAGUGAACAGCCAUCGGCACCACAAACCGGAAAGAACACCAAGAGACAAACAAAGAAGACAACGACUCUUACGGCUCGCAUGACAGCGCAAUAUGCCACUGAUGAUACAGAAAGCUUGGAUACCUCGGGAGAGAACACAGCGGUGGAGGACACUGGUAACUCUAAGCCUAAACGUAAAAGCAGAGCAAAGGCGAAGCCCCAAGAGCCGGAGUUUAUCGUCUUGUCGCCAGAAGCUGCUGUCAAGUCUCUCGAUGACCAAGAUCUCAUGUUUGGCACCUGCAGCCAGCUGGAACGGGAGGAUUCGCCAACCAUGAUAAGAGACAUGCAAACUGCAAUUCAUGCCUCAGAAAGCCACAUGGUAUCAGAGAAAAUCCGUCCCAAUGAGGGGACGAGUUCAAGAUUUUCGUCUGGUUCAAGUGUAUCACGCUUCAGUAAACCGAGAAAUUUAUGGUCCGUUGCUGCCAGGGACACGGAUGGAUCACUACUCGACGUCGAAGUUUUGGAUAUGGUAGACGUGUCGGAUGUAUCUCAAAUUCCUUCUAAGGAUGAUACCUUGCAACAUAGCCAAAAUCAGGGGGAGAAAGCAUUGGACUCAACGGUGAUUGACAAGAAGCAAGAUGAUGAGCCCCCGAAGGAAACAUCCAAUCCUAGGGAGGAACCACCUGCCAUUGCCGCUUCUGCGAGACGUAACAGCGAAAAGCCGGAAGAAACCAAUGCUUUACCUGUUCAAUCGCAUGCGCCAAUGCCACAAUGGAGUGGCUUCACGGAUGCUGAACUAUCUAAGCAAGUUGCCUCCUACGGCUUCAAGGCAGUGAGAGGCCGCAAGAAAAUAAUCGACCUGCUCCAAAAAUGCUGGGAGUCGAAGCACGGUACAAGCACCAACCCUGAUGGUGAUGACAGACAGAGCAACCCUCCUGAGACGCUGGUGUCGAGGUCCACUUCAAAACAGCCAGAAAUGACCAAGAAAAAAGAAACGAAAACCAAGCCAUCUCAGAACCAAAAACCAAAGUCUCAACCAAAAGCGCCUUCGGAUACAGCGGCGGUAGCUGAUGCACCAAUGAUAGCGGUUGCUAGGGGCCGCCAGAACUCUUCUCGCCCGCCAAGUAGGUCAAGCAAUACUGCUGAAACAAAGCCUGCUACGCCACAGAAAACAAAGAAACGCCCAUUGGCAUUUUCAUUCCGAGACAUCGAAGAAAUCGAAGAUUCCGAGGAGGAAUUCCUACCUUCUCCGAGCCAGAUACAAGAUUUAUAUCUCGACCAUAACAACACAUCUACCCAACCUCUGUCGCUCUCUGCAGCUCCUUCCACCCCGACUCGCGCAGCUCCAAAAUCGCAACCCCAACAAUCUACUCAGGAUACCUCCCCGCAAACCAGCCUCCCUGACUUGGCUUCUCAGAUUACAAAGGCUGUGCGUAUGCAGCCUCAAUUACCCUCCAUCGAUGGCCAGAAACGUCUUACCUGGCACGAGAAGAUCCUCAUGUACGAUCCUAUUAUCCUCGAAGAAUUCACUACCUGGCUGAACACCGAGGGCCUGGGGCUUAUUGCAGAAGAUAGAGAAGUUAGCGCAGAGUUCGUACGGGAAUGGUGUGAAGGCAAAGGCAUAUGCUGUUGUUUCUUGCCCAAGAAAAAAGAAACUAAGAAAAGAGGAAGAGGCAAGAAGUCCAAGUGAUGCAGUCUUCUCUUUUUGCUUUGCUUCGGUUUAUCUAUUUUGGUGUAUAAUAUGCCUUUUUUUAUUUAUUGCAGUCACCGUUUCCGUGCUGCAUGUUUGGUUUUGCCCAAAUUUGGAGUAUAGGUACUAUAUUUUUGGUCGUUUUAUCAAGGCGUCUUUGG